AUGAUCAGAGAAUGGGAGAAUGGCUGUCAGAAGUUUGGAAAACAGAGGGCUAAAGACCCAAAAGCCCGAGAACGGAAGACUGCAGAGAGGAAGUCAGACAGCAGAAUGUCAGUCAGAACACCGAACACGAGCGAUUCUUUUAGGGAUAAAAACUUCCUGUGCUGCCAAGGGGAUCGAUGUUCUGCUUCACCUUUGGGGAUGUGGACCAAAUUCUACAAAUCUGACCCACGCAUUGCCCUCGGAAAAUACUCUCCCUUGGAGAAAGAGAUUCUACGUCUAGGUGGCGUUCACACCGUAGCAUCAAGAAAGUUUCUGACUUAUAAGAAAGAAGAAGAACGGAAAAUGCUCAAGGAACUACAGCUGAUGUCUAGAGACUACAGACAGGCGAUGGAAUAUGAAAAACAACAUUUCCCUUGUGCCACCUGCGGGCCUCAAGAAAAAAUGUGGACAGCCAAGGUGAUCGUGCCCCCGGAGGAGUUCAGAAUGCCGCGACGGGAGCAGCUCAACAUCAGCAAACACAUAGAGCGAAUGCAGUUCGCACGCGCCCUGAGAAACAAGCAGCUUUUGCCCUACGUUGAAAGAUUCAGGGGCUCUUCCUUUCUGUCUGAAGGGGGCCUGGGCCCGACGGUGGACAACCAGGCUGGGGAAGACGGAGAGGAGGAGGAGGAAGAUUCCUGCGACGAUGCCACACAGGAAGAGAGAGGCAAGGCGGAGGACAAAAGCACGAAAAGACAAGAAAUAAAAGUGAACGUAAUUUUCAAGUCAGAAGAACGAAAAAAAUGUGUCACGUACCAUCCCAAUGAUCUGAAACCGCUAUUUUCCACAAAGAAAAUGGAACGGUCCAUCGCUGGUUUUACGAACCGAAACCUUCUGCCCUUAGCUGAAUUCCCUGGAGACCUAAUGCUAAUGAACCAGGAUUUUAUAUCACGAGGAGCCCACCUCAGUGACGUGAGGAAGGCCAGCGGCCAGGAAGAAGAGAGAGUCUGGAAAGAGCACCUGGGCAAACCUGCUUCUCGCCGUUAUUAA